AAAACUAUGGAUCUUCACAUUCCAAGAGGCCACAUUGUCUGUUCAAGGAAAAAAAACUACUAUAGGGCCAAUGCCACCGUUGCAAAAAAAAACGCUGUUCAGGGCCUACCUUCCUCACGGACCCUUGUGCUUGCACCUUGCCACCGUUGCAAACCCUCGGGAUCCACUAUUCGCCAGCAUAUCCAUGCACAAACACAUACGUACAUACUUAAGUACAUAUUCUCUGCACCUCCUCUACUACAUCGUUAUCAUCACAUCGCAACGGCAGAGAAUGCAGACUUGUACCAUACAGACAAGAUUCCGUAUAGUAGCUACAACCUUUUGUUCAACAAAUAA